CUCUUUACAUGCGUGCGGUAUGAAAAAAUAAAUGUGCCUGUCACGAUUAUAUAUUGUUCAUGUAAAUGCGAAUACAAAUGGAGAUGUAUCUUCACGUUAACUAAUGAAUAUAUCUUCUUCUUUCCCGCGGCGGCUUCGAAUUUCGCGAUGUUGACGCCGUGCCAAACAGCAGCGACGAUGUUGCCUAGCGACGUUAUGAAUCAACAAACGAGCCAUCGAGAUCAUUGACAGUCGCCGUAGCCUAUUCAACAUUUCGCAGUUACGAUUCUGUUUUUGUAACAAUAAUCAAGUCAGUCAGUGUAAUACUGGCUCGCAGCGGCAAUUCAAGGAUGUCGUGCGAGAAAGAGAGAAUGAGAAUAGCGGCGAGCUACAGAGUGAACGAACCGAUAUGUAAUUUAAAAAUAAGAGUGCGAGUCGUGCAGCAGAAGUCUCCGCUGGCCGAGUUGUUGGCCGAAGAGUCUGAAGGCGGCGAGACCAGGGACUCCAGCUUCUUGGAGGAGGAGGACAGUAUUUUUAGCUGGCAGGAGAAGGUGUUCGGACCAUUCGAGAUCGAUUUCUAUGCGGAUGAGAAGAAUUGCCUGACCGAUUGUCAGCUGGAGUAUCACCGACGCAUUCGCGACGAGCAGUUGCGGGGCGCUCGUUUGUACUCGUACACGGAGAACGACUCUUACUAUGCCGAUGACAAUCUCCUCACAGUGCCUUACAGAUCGUAUCUGUCCAUGAAGAAUCAGACCGCAUUGCCGACCAUCCGUAAUCGCAAGCCCUUUCGGGAGCGAUAUAACAAGGACGUGAUCGACGAUAAGCCCACGAAUGACAGAAUUCGAUCGAGCCAUUAUCUCUACACCGAACGCACCACCAUGCACGUGAUGGCCGAUCUUUCACGCAAGGAUGAACCCGCGAGCAUCGGGUCGACGGACUCGGAAACGCUGCUCUGCACCGUGACGUACGACAAGGCGCGGAAACUGCUGACGAUUAGCCCCGAUUUUACGAACGACGACGAACGCGAGCGUCAUUAUAGUGUGACCAAUAGCUACGGCGUCAAGUUCAAUUAUCGAAUCGAGCACGUUUCCGAGGGGCGAACGCCGCUCGAAUCGCAGGAGCACUGCGAGGACGCGCGGCGUGAAUUACAACAGCAGCUUGCUUAUAAAGAAGCAGAGCUAUACAAGGAAUUGCAACCACCACCACCAAAUAUGUCUACAGUAUUCAUGACCUUGGAUAUUGUAUCAGCCUAUGGCUUUUCUUACGACGGAUUGUUUAUUACCUACUUUAUCGAUUUGCCGCAACAUUGGAGUACAAAGCAAAAAGAAAGGCUGUUUGGCAGAACGCAGAAAUCUCUCUUAGAAAAUAAAAUGGCGCAUUUUAGUUAUUGCAUGGAUAUAUCUUUGCAUUAUCCCUCAAGUGAAUCUGAACAAUUAAGCAAUGAUACAUCACAUUGGCCUCGUUUAUUAUUUUCCGUGGCAUCUCUGGAUAGUUGGACCAGAUAUCGAAUAGAGGGUUACGCGGCAUUGCCAAUACCGAUGACACCUGGAAGAUACGAAUUUACAGUCUCUACAUGGCGUGCGAAAGGAAAUAUCAUCGAUACCUUGAGACGAUUUUUUGUCGGUGGUUCUUACGAACUCGAGGAUAUAACAUAUUGCGGUAUUCCAAUGACUCACGAGGGCAAAGUUUUAGAUAAAUCAAAUUUGAAAGUUGUACCGAGCGGAGAUAUUAAAAUUUAUAUGAAUGUGAUACAUCAAAGUAAUAUACACACAAAACAUUCCAAUUAUCAAAGAGACGAUGCCGAUAAAGUGAGCACUGAUACGCUCAUGAAUAACGUUGAAAAUGUCCUCGAACAAUUUAAAGCAGCUAAAGAACGUAUGAUACGAAUAAGAACAAUGACUUCGUAGAGAUAAAUUAUCCUAGCGAUAAUUAUAAAGAGACUGAUAAUAAAAAAAUGAUUUAUUUAUCAAGAUUUUGUUUCAAAUAGUGAUAUUUAUAAAAUAAUAUGUUGUAUUUCUAAUGUCUUUUUCUACUUUGUAUUUUAAAAGACCAAGACCGUAUAUGUUAAAAAAAAAAAAUAUAUAUAUAUAUAUAAAAUACAAUGUCUUAUACUAUUGUUAAUUAUACUAUUGUUAAUUAAUUUUAAUUAUCUUCUUAUCAAAUGUUGGAAUCAACUAUAAGAAUUAAAUCAUUGUCCAUGAAUUUGAACUAUAAAGCUAUAAUAAUUUUCAAAACUUCAUUGCUUUGACUAUAUUAUUGUUCAUGUGCAAAUUGAAGGAAUAAUACAUUGUUUUUUUUAAUGAGUUUUCGAAUAUAAUUAAUGGAUAUCUUUCUUUUUAACAAGUCUGGAACGCGAUUAUGUCUUGAUUGAUAAAGACA